AUGGCGCGGGAGCGGAGGGAGAUAAAGCGGAUAGAGAGCGCGGCGGCGCGGCAGGUCACCUUCUCCAAGCGCCGCCGGGGCCUCUUCAAGAAGGCCGAGGAGCUCUCCGUCCUCUGCGACGCCGACGUCGCGCUCAUCGUCUUCUCCUCCACCGGCAAGCUCUCCCAGUUCGCCAGCUCCAGUAUGAAUGAGAUCAUCGACAAGUACAGCACGCAUUCUAAGAACCUGGGGAAAACAGACCAGCCUGCUCUUGACUUGAACUUAGAGCAUAGCAAGUAUGCAAAUUUGAACGAUCAGCUUGCAGAAGCUAGUCUUCGACUAAGACAGAUGAGAGGUGAGGAGCUUGAGGGGUUGAGUGUUGAUGAACUCCAGCAGUUGGAGAAAAACCUAGAAACUGGUCUGCACAGGGUGCUUCAGACAAAAGAUCAACAAUUCUUGGAACAGAUAAAUGAACUGCAUCGAAAGAGUUCACAACUGGCAGAGGAGAACAUGAAACCAAGGAACCAAGUAGGCCAGAUUCCAACAGCUGGCAAGCUAGUGGUUGCUGAUACCGAAAAUGUUGUUGCUGAAGAUGGGCAGUCCUCGGAAUCCGUCAUGACUGCAUUACACUCCGGAAGUUCACAGGAUAAUGAUGAUGGUUCCGAUGUUUCCCUGAAAUUAGGAUUGCCCUGCCUUCCGUGGAAGUAA